AUGGACACCGUUACCGUGACCCCGAAGUCAGCAGGGCCGGCUGCGAACAACAAGGUCACCAAGGGCAAGCUGCUCACAGGCACGAGCAACUUGCCCCAGAUACUCUACGGCUGUGAACACCUAGAGCCGCUGUUCGCGGAGCGGCGCAAGGUGUUGGUGCAGCAGUACACCAACAUCAUCCAGACAAUCCACGACCGCCACAGUAUAAUACCUCAGACCCAUCGAUCGAGCCUCAACAGCGACAGCCGCCCCGUCCUUUCGCUCAAGCCGACGUACAUGUGCCUGCAGUGCGUUGGCGUCUUUACAGCAGAGCUACGCGACGAACAUUUCGAGGCGAAGAAGCAUGCUUUCUCUGUGGAAUCGAAGCAGGGCUGCGUGUACUGCCAACAAUGCAAGGAUUUUAUCUACGACCCGAUGCUAGAGAAUGUACGCUUGCUGCAAGGCCGCAAAAAGAGAAGGUUAGAAGAGACCAUGACGCCAGAAGAUCACCGCCUCGUCGCUCAGAACUCUACAUUCGCUCCUUGUCGCGCCAUUGGACUGCGAGGAUUGUAUAACAUGGGCCAGACAUGCUUCAUGAGCGUGAUCUUGCAGUGCCUGAUACACAACCCCUUCAUCAAAGCGUUCUACCUGGGCGAGGGCCACACGUCCAAAGACUGUGAUAGAGAGUCGUGUACUAGUUGUGCGUUGGACGAAAUAUUUACGGAAUAUUACUCGCUGGAGAAGACGGAGGGAUACGGUGCCGUGAGCAUGCUGCUAGGCAGCUGGUCCGGCGCGCAGGCUCUCGCAGGUUACCAGCAACAGGACGCUCAUGAGUACAUGCAGUUUAUCCUCAACAAUCUGCAUCUGGAAAACGACGGCACCGAAAACAAUGGAAAGGACGGCGAUGAAGAGUGCACAUGCCUCAUUCACAAAACCUUUUCCGGCAAGCUCCAAAGUACAGUCACUUGCGACAAGUGUCACAAUGUGACGACGGCAAUUGAUCCGGUUAUGGAUCUUUCGUUGGAUCUGCGUUCCCAAGCGAAGAAGCGGAAGUUGGAAAACGACUCUGCAGAGAAAAACCCGGCAAUUGACCUGAGAGAUUGCUUGGAUCGCUUCACAGGAAAAGAAAAGCUGCCCGCAGCGGAGUACUCUUGCGAAAAGUGCGGCGGUACGCAGCAGAGUGCCACGAAGCAAUUGAGCAUCAAGAAGCUUCCGCCGGUGCUCCCAAUUCACCUCAAGCGCUUCGAGACCUCAAAGUCAACAUCCACCAAGCUCGAAACUAAAAUCGCGUUCCCCACGUCUCUCGAUCUCUACCCGUACACCACUCGUGCCCGCAGCUCGUCAAAGGAUUCGGCAAACGGCUCGAAAGCCACCGGCGGCAACGGCGCCAUCCCGCCGCCUACUUGCAUGUACGAGCUCGCCAGCGUCAUUGUGCACAAGGGCAAGAUCGACUCGGGCCACUAUGUAAGCUAUGCACGCAAAGGCGGCGACUGGUUCCUUUUCGACGACAGCAAGGUCGUGCUAGCGAGCGAAGCGGACGUGCUGAGGGCCGAGGCGUAUUUGUUGGUCUACGUUGUGCGCAAUCUGGAGGGGUAA